CAGGAAAAUAUGGGAACUUUGCUCACCAUGCAGCCCCUGCCUCUGCUCCUCCUCCUGCUACAGCCAUUUCCUUUUCAGUUUCUAAUGCUACGUAAAUAUUUGGAUUUAUCACCUUCUCAGGAAGAAGCAUUUCAAGAUUAUCUGGCGGAAUUAUAUACUACGGGGCCUACAAAACCACCUACCAAAGAAAGUUUCCAAAAGGAUGUUAUAAUUGAUUUUGAAAGACCAUUAUCUGAUUUCAAUUACUGUUGUGGAGAAAUUUUGAUGAAAAAUGUUCACACCAGGUUGCACUGUAGAAAAGAACAUUUCUUCCUUGGUGUAGAAUAUAAGGAGUUGCAAAAAUUGUGUAAACAAAGGUUUGUGGCAUGUAAGAAUGGAGUUAAAAGAUGUCACAGGAGCCUGAAACUAAUAGAAGGAGUGUAUUGUAAUUUAACAGAUGGAGUCAUGAUGCCAGACUGUAGAUAUCAAUCUUUUUACAAGAAGGGAUAUGUCCUUAUCACUUGUCGAUGGCAAGACGAUAUCAGACAAAUGAUUCCUGCCCAUGUAAAUGAUAUUUUGGAAACACAUUACCAGCAGUAA